GCCCUGCCGCCGCGGGGCGCCCGCCGGCGCGGGCGGCGGGCGGAGACGCCGCCGCCGCGGCGGCGGCGAAGGGUUCGGCGGCGCUGUCGGCGAAGGGCGGGCCCGCCGGCGCUGGCGCGCUGCUGUCGUUGCGGCCGCCGCUGGGGCGCCAUGAAGACCCCGGGAGCCCGUCGCCGGUGGCGGAAGAGCUGCGCUUGUUCGACGAGUUCUUCCUGGUCUACUGGGGCGUGGUAGGCGUCGUGGUCGGGAUCUGGUACUGCCGCCACACGUGGUGGUCGCAGAGCAGAGACGGGAGGAGCUCGGGCGACCUCGGCGCGACGAGCCCCUCCAGGCCUGUGCCCGCGGCCACGGC